GCUGGUGAUGCUACGAAACACGUGGCGCUAGUGUUCUCCGUCUUAUAGUGUGACUUUGAUUGUCAAUCGUGGAUGUGGAAUGUUUUGUGUUGUGAGUGAAUGGUAGUUAUAGGAAUUGUUAAUUUCGUUUGUCAUGUGGUUAUGUGUGCGUAUCGUCGGAUAAGAAACUGUAGUACUGUGAUAGUUUUCUGAAUCAAUACAACAGAGUGGAAUGGUUUCGGAGUAUUGGCGGUGUCUUGUCGAUUUGUGCGGUUGAGGCGAGCUCAGCACGAUGGGUAAGCUGCUAUCGAAGAUCUUCGGCAACAAGGAGAUGAGGAUAUUGAUGCUGGGCCUCGACGCUGCGGGAAAGACUACUAUUUUAUAUAAAUUAAAAUUAGGUCAGUCAGUCACAACGAUACCUACAGUCGGUUUCAACGUAGAAACUGUCACGUAUAAAAAUGUCAAAUUCAACGUUUGGGACGUGGGGGGGCAGGACAAAAUACGACCGCUCUGGAGGCAUUACUACACAGGCACUCAGGGUCUGAUAUUUGUAGUCGACUGCGCGGAUCGAGAUCGCAUUGACGAGGCGCGGCAGGAGUUGCACCGGAUCAUCAACGAUAGAGAGAUGCGCGACGCUAUUAUACUCAUUUUUGCCAAUAAGCAAGACUUGCCUGAUGCAAUGAAACCGCAUGAAAUCCAAGAGAAGCUCGGUCUGACUAGAAUCCGCGAUCGCAACUGGUACGUGCAGCCGUCGUGCGCGACGUCCGGCGACGGCCUGUACGAGGGGCUCACGUGGCUCACCACCAACCACAAGUUAUGAGCUGCGGAGUAGGCGGCCGUAAGCCGCCUCCAGCACGCACGGUGAGGAUUUCGAUGCCAUUUAUAAUAAGUAAGCUGCGUCCGUGCUUGUCGGAUCUAGAAAUUUCCACGUGAACCAGUGUCGAUCGAUUGGACUUAACGCGAGUGGUGCACAGACUGUCUAGUAGUGAAGCGACUAUGGACUAAUCAACUUUAGUUAGUCAUACAAGUGAAACUAAUUGUCACACAAAUGAUAAAUCAAUUAUUCCAUUAUUUAAAUGAAAAUUAGAGCUUUGUUGUAUCGAAAUAUUUGAUUAUUAUUUUUUUAUGUUAUUUAAAAGGAAAUGAUUACGUAGAGUAAAUGAUUUUUUUUUAAUUAAUAUUAUAUUAUUAUAAUUUAAAUGUGUACCUCCAAUUUUUUUUGUAUGAUAGUAAGAUAGUUUCGAAGCUAAUACAUUGUAGUAAUUGAUUAAGAGUCGGCGAUCGAAGUAUGUUAUUAUACGAGUAUUUAUAAAGCAAUAAUGGAAGCACGCCUGCGUUUAUAUAGACGAUUAUUGUACAGUAGCUUAUGGAAAUUGGUACGCAGUUCAUAAACAGUAGAUGAUGACUCGAGAUAGACUGAAAGUUUUGGCACUCUAGUUUAAAUAUAUAAAGAAAAUUUAAAGUUAAAAUUAAUUAUUUAAAAAGACAUUGCUGUAUAGUUAGGUUGUUAAAAAAAUGCAUUCUUUUAGAUUUAUUUCUUAUGAUUGAUAUUCCUUUUUGCUAUUCACAAUCUUAGUGCUUACGUUAAUUUAACGAAAUUUUCUAAUAAAACAACAAUUUCCUCUAAAAUAAAAAUACUAAAAGAAAAGAUUAAAAUGUAAAAGUUACGUUUUUUUUUUUAUAUUAAUAACGUUUUUUUUUUUCAUCAUCAAUCAAAAAAAAAACAAACAUCAAUUAUAAAAUGUCAAGGUGUUGCCAUUUACGGGCCUUCUUAUAUAAUCUAAUAUAAUUUUUACUAGCUACACAAUUUUCUGUCAACAGUUCUAAAAUGUUGGGUCUAAGUCACAAAUGUAAGAAGAAACAAAUUUCUAAUACAAGGAGUAUUAUUGAUUUGUAGUUGCAGUUUUUAGAUUGUAUUAAUUGUAUAUGGAUGAGCCAUUACUUAAAGAUUUCAUCAUAAUUGGAAUACACCCUUCAUAUAUAUAUAAUUGAAUAUAUACAACGCUUUGAUAAAAUGCUUCAACGAAAAGCAUAUUUCAAUCAAAAUCAAUGAAAUAUCAUAAAAUGUUAUUUUGAUUAGAUAAUGAUUAUAUCAUGACAUUGUUUAAUGUUUUUCAAUCGUUGAUGUUGCUUUGAUAAUAACGUUUUUCAUGAAUUGGUUUGAGUUCGCUGGUAGGCUUGUGUUUCAGCUUUUGGUGUUUUUAAUUCUAGGGACCAUCUUGGUUUAUGAAUGUUUUGUGAAGAAUUGUAAAGAGGAUUGCGUGCUAUCAAAUAGAAAUGAUCAAAAAUUAUAUAUUAUAUUAUUAGAUAAAAGUAAAGCGAAAUUAUUGUUAUCAAAAUAAUUAUAGAAUGUACAAUUUUAAAGUAAAUAUUAUUAAAUUUGAAGCUUUGUCAAUUAAUCGCCAUUAUUUAUUGGGUUCAUUCGUUUAUUGAUACUGCUUUGGCUGGCUCUUAAAAUUAAAUCUUAAAAAACCAGUUGCUUUAUUGAAUCAAUUGUUUAAGGAAUAUUUUUAAAUAAAAUUUUUAAGUCGAAUUAAACCGUUGUGCUUUAUCACCCUUAAAGUGAAGUGAGAAGUAAGAAUAUUGAAUAAUAAUAUUGUAGGUAUGCAUUUGUGCCAACUACAUCUUAUAAACUACUAAAAGUAUGAUUUACAAUCCUCUUUAUAUUUCUUGAACGCGUUGUAUUCACGCACACAGACAAGUAUUUUCCCACCUAAAAUUUUUCGACUAUAAACAAUAAUUCCAAGGCAGUGUUACUUUCUAUCUUUAUAUUAGAAGCAGUUUAAGAUUGAAACGUGUAUAUGACAGGAGUGAGAACUUUUUGUUUUUAACAAUGUUUUUAAAAAAAAGAAAAUAACAGUACCCAAAGAGGCUUCACUCCAAACAUAUUGCACAACCAUUUGUCCUUAAUGUACUUUAUUUAAAUAAAAAUAUUUCAUUUUGUAUAGUUGCUUUAAAUCUAUUGAAUGAUGUUAAAGGUGAUAUCAGUACGCUUGUGUUAAAAUAAAUGGUUUCUUCAUAUAUAGAUUUCAGUAUACUGUAAACGCGAAGUCAUACAUUUAAACAAUUACGGUAAAAUUUUGUCUUUUUCGUGAAGAGAUUCUUACGAGAUUUAAUCUUAGUGUAUCCGGGCUGUUUAGGUGUGGCAACUAAAUUUCGCGUUUUCGUUUUUGUUAUCUGUUCUCACCAAGGUCACUGUAGGGCUACGGUUGCCAACCGUGUAGCUAGUUUAUAAUACUUUGAAAGAUUCUCUAGUGUCAUAGAAGAUUGUCAAGUUCAACGAAUAUUAUAUUCUAACGUUGACAAUAACGUGUGCCUCCUUAAACAAACGAAUCACGAGUAUGUUAACCGUAGCGGUAACACGGUCAAAAUGCGUGUAUAAAUAAGUUCACAAUAACAAAAGGUAUUCGCCAGUUAGUACAAUCGUUUCCUGGUCUAUGAAUUGAAGAACACCCUUUAGUAUUUGUGUUAUUGCAGCGAGUUGAGUGCAAAAUCAAACCCUGAAUACAACUGUGUGUAGCCGGACCUUAUAGUGAGCAGAUGCUCUUCUUUACAUUUAUUGUUUCAUUUUGUUCGACAUUUGUAUAAUUUAUAUAACAUUGUUGUACUGGAGAGACCAUUAAAUAAAUUAUUACUUUAAGAUCUAUUAUUUUGUACUUUAGUAUUUGUUACAGUUUCUUAUUUUUGUACGUCGAUAUUUUAUGUUAUGCCUUCAAAGAAAUUAGUUUUAAUGUAACUACAUAUGUUUAAAAUUCCUUUCUAUAUAUUUUUUGUAUAAAAACAACGAUUAGUGUCUGGUUGUUUAUUAUAAACUGAUCUGCUAUAAGUUCAUUAUCAGUGAUUACUUUAUAAGGUUUAUUUUUUAAAAUAAUAUUAUAUGCCUUUUAUAAGGUACUUCCAUUGAGUAGAAGUUAUUGUAAACAAGAUUUGUAAAAUCUAAAAGCUUUUAUACCUUAAAUCCUAUUUCGAAAUAGUUAAGAAAAUGUAACGGAACGACUCGGGCUUAAUUUUUAGUUUGAAAUUCACAACCCUAUGAAAUUAUUUGGAUGUGUUUAAUUUUUAGUUUAAUUAAAGUGCAAUUGUGGAGCACAAUUAUGUGAAAUGUGGUAUCGAUUAUUUUCUAUCGUUUCCAAUGGUAUCGCUUGGUUGUAAAUUAUCUCGAAAGGAAUGUAUGGUUGAGUUACAGUCUGCUGUAUAAUAUUGUAGAGAAGUUAUUCAAUAUAAAUUCACACUUAUAA